AUGUACUUGUCAAUCCUCACUCUGUCCGCCACUUUGGCCCUCCCCCUGGUCAGCGCCUACCCCGUCAAAACCGACGGUCUUCACUGCCGUUCCGGCCCCGGCACCAGCUACAGCAUCAUCAGGAGCUACAACACAGGCACCGACCUCACCAUCACCUGCCAAACCCCCGGAACAGUCAUCAACGGCGACGAGCUCUGGGACAAGACCUCGGACGGCUGCUACGUGAGCGACUACUACGUCAAGACCGGCACCAGCGGCUAUGUGACGGCGCAUUGCGGUAGCGGGAGCAGUGGUAACCUGCCCGGUCUCAGCGCGACGCAGUCCAAGCAUGCGCGCGAUAUCAUCGCCGAGGCGAAAAGCGAGGGACUCGGGUUGCAGGGUUGUUCAGCGGGUAUCGCGACUGCGCUUGUCGAGUCGAGCAUCCUCAUCUACGCCAACAAUGCGGUCCCCGCAUCUCUGAACUACCCCCACGACGCGGUGGGCUCGGACAGUGACAGCGUCGGCAUCUUCCAGCAGCGCGCCAGGUACUAUCCUAAUAUUGCGGCUGAUAUGGACGCGGCCCGGUCUGCGGCCCAGUUCUUCGCGAAGAUGAAGAGUAUCAGCGGGUGGCAGACGAUGGCGGUGGGCACGCUCUGCCAGAAGGUGCAGGUUUCGGCGUAUCCGGAUCGCUAUGCUGCGCGUGUGACUGAGGCGCAGAAUAUUUGCAAGGCUGGUGGGAUUUGA